GGACCGGGUGGUGGUUCCGCUCUCCCGGGCCUUGGGCGAGCGCUGGCUCGACCCGACGCCUGCGCUGGGCUGCCAGAGAAGGCCGUGCGUGGCGGGGUGACCUCUGGCUCCCGCGGCCUCUCCUUUGGCCAUGGCCCCCUGGUCGGUUGGCGACGCCCUGGCCCCGGAGCCGGGGACUGGCAGCUGAGCCUCCUCCUGCCGCUCUCUGUCACCACCACCAUGCGACUACUGACUCAGCUUAUCAAAUGAUGAUGUUUGGAAAAAUUUCGAGGCAGCUCUGCAGCUUAAAGACAAGCCCACGGUCAUGUGACUCCAGAUACUUCUGGGAAUGGUUGAAUACAGUGUUUAACAAAGUAGAUUAUGAACGCAUCAGGGAUGUUGGCCCUGACAGGGCAGCAUCUGAGUGGCUAAUUCGGUGUGGGGCCAAAGUACGCUACUGUGGCCACCAGAAGUGGCUACAGGAUUACAACCACAUCCCAGGAGGCUCUGAGGGCAGAUACAAGAUUCAAGCAAUUGAUGCCACCGAUUCUUGUAUCAUGGAUGUUGGACUGGAUCACAUGGAGGGCCUAGAGCAUGUUGAAAAAAUCAUACUAUGCAAGUGUCAUUAUGUUGAAGAUAACUGUUUGCAGAGGCUUAGUCAACUUGAAAAAUUACGAAAAAGCCUAUUGGAAAUGGAGAUCAUCGCCUGUGGGAAUGUCACAGACAACGGCAUCAUUGCCUUGCGACAUUUUAGGAACCUCAGGUAUUUGUACUUAAGUGAUCUUCCUGGAGUCAAAGAUAAAGAAAAUCUUGUCCAAGUCUUUCAAACAGCACUGCCUUCUCUAGAACUAAAAUUAAACCUGAAGUAAAAUGAGUGUCUGAUUUCAGUACAAAGGGUCACUUGAAAUUGCUCAUACUAAAUAGCUACACACACUACAUAAUCACCAAUAGAACUAAGGAGGUGUUUUAAUAAUGGAGAAGUAGAGAAUAAUAUUUAAAAGUGACUCACUAAAGUUACUUAGUUGGAAGUGAGAAAUUAUGUACAUUGAAUCACUUUUAAAAAUAUGACAUAACAUUUUAAUUCUCAUGUCUUCCUCAUUGGCAUGUAUACUGUAUGUAUUGCUUGGUGUAGAUAUUGACAUAGAGAUCUUUAAACUGCAUUGCAAAUAUUCUUUUUGUAUUAUAAUAAUUUACAUCUUUAAAGGCACUGAGGCAUGUUGCUGUAGAUGCCUGAUUAUGAAGAACUGAAAGCUCAGUUACAGAUUCAUUGAUGGAGUCGGCUGUACACAGUUGUGAGUGGUGUUGAGAACAGCACGCUGUAUUACUUCCCAGGAUUUGCACACGUUGCUCAAGCUCCUGCAUUUCUGUGUUCCUAAUAGGACAUACUUUUUAAAAAUACCCUGUCUCAGAAUGAAGAGUGCUGGUUAAUUCAUCCUACUUCUAAGCUUGGGCUACUGCUGGAUAGAACUGAACACAGGUUCUCGUCUAUACCCAACUAGUUUUGCUGGUAAAACAAAGCAGGAACCAGGCUGUCCUUACUCCCUAUCUACUUCAAACAGAAUGUUAGUGUGCUGAUUAAAAGCUAAAUUUUGCUGUCCCUCAAAUAUUUUGAAUGCUACCUCCUAUGAACUCAAGGGACAUAAAAAUAUAAACAUGAAAAUGAAUUUUAUAUCUAGAAAACACUAAUAAAGAAUGUCAUAAGGGGAUAAAAACUAGUCUUUAAUUUUUUACCUGAAAUAGCUGUAAUUCCAUCAUUGUUAGUUCUAUGCUGAUCCAUGUGUAGGUCUCUGUAUACAUGGUUGGAUAUCAGGUUGCUGAAUAUAAAUUUGACUAGGAAUGACCUUCUGCAGUGCAACUCUCAGGCGGAAAAGGGAACUCCAGCUGGUUUUAGAACUCUGCUUAUAAAAAAAAAAAAACACCCUAAUUCAUGGGAAAAUGCAAAUUA